UGUCUGUUUGAGAUGACGUCAAAACCUGACGUGACCCUAAGCACGCUUUUUGGAUUUUCACCAUCAUGCGAGUUUGUAAAACACCGGAACUGUGGUUAUGAAGCACUGCCACAGGGGGAUAAAGUGUAGCUGUAAUACUAACAUUCUGAAUACGGAAAGGACCUUGGGCGUUUCACUCGUCUCUGAAUGCAGAAGACGGUAGCGGUCCUGGGAGGGGGCGUGGGGGGUCUGACUGCCUGCUACCACCUCAGCAAAAGCCCCCAGGUUUCCCAGGUGGUGCUCCUGGAGGGCAGCGGGCGGGUCGGCGGCUGGCUCAGCUCCACGCGGCGGGCGGACGGGGCGGUGUUCGAGCACGGGCCCAGGGGCGUGCGCCACGUCGGACCCACCGGCCGGAACACCCUGAACAUGGUUGCUGAGCUGGGGCUGGAGGGCGAGCUGCUUCCCGUUUCGUACCGAAGCGUGGCGGCGAAGAACCGCUUCCUGUACGUGGGGGGGCGGCUGCACAGAAUGCCCACCGGCCUGGGCGGGGUGAUACGUACGAUCCCCCCCUUCUCCCGCCCGCUGGUCCUGAGCGCCCUGAAAGACCUGGUGACCCUGAGGGGCGCGGCGGAGGACGAGACGGUGCACGCGUUCGUGACGCGGCGCCUCGGCGCGGAGCUGGCGGAUUUGGCGGUGGACUGCCUGUGCCGAGGCGUGUUCGCGGGGGACUGCCGCGUGCUGAGCGUGCGCUCCUGCUUCCCCCCGCUCUUCAGCCUGGAGAGGGAGAGGGGCUCCAUCUUCCUGGGCAUGCUGCUCGGAGCACGCAGCGGUGCGGAGGCCCCGCCCUCUGCGCUGGUCCGGCGGUCUCAGGAGGAGCGCUGGGCGCAGUGGUCCCUGCGCAGGGGCAUGCAGACGCUGCCCGAGGCGCUGGAGGACCGGCUGAGGAGCAGCGGGCGUGUCCACGUCCACAAACACGCCGCCGUCACGCGGCUGGAGACCCAGGGCAGCGGCUGGGAGAUCAAGCUGCAGGACGGCUCGGUGAAAGCAGAUCACAUCAUUUCAGCCCUCCCUGCUCAAGCACUGGCCUCAGUGCUGCCCCCUGCUGCCCAGUGCCUCUCAGAGCAGCUACGCCAGAUCUCCAUGGUGACUGUUGCUGUGGUCAACCUGGAGUACGAGGGUUCAGUCCUUCCUGUCCCGGGUUUCGGUCACCUAAUCCCCUCGUCUGAAGACAGAGGUGUGCUGGGUGUGGUGUACGACUCUGUGGCCUUCCCCGAGCACAACCGCCCUGGAGACCCUACGACCAGACUCACGGUGAUGAUGGGAGGGGCGUGGUUCCAGGAGGCGUACGGAAACGUAGGGGACGUGACGGAGAAGUUCUUCCUGGGCCAAGCGACCCGGGCGGUGCGCUCUCAUCUGGGGGUGAGCGCCCAGCCAAUCUGGAGCUCGGUGGCCAUCCUCAAGGACUGCAUUCCUCAGUAUCAUGUAGGACACUGGAAGAGACUUGAAAACAUCAGGCACUACAUCGGCCACCACAACCUGCCACUCACCCUGGCCGGGGCCUCCUACGGCGGCGUCUCGGUCAACGAUGUCAUCUUCAGUGGACGGAAGGCCGCGGAGAGCCUCGUCGGGGAGGUGUAGGGGGCCUGCCGGGUCAGCCCAGGAAUGAGCCGUCCCCUCGAGUUCCCCGCGUGCCUCCUCUGAUGCGCGAGCAGAAGCGUCCGGUCUCACCCGGGAGGUACCACGGAGGGCGCUGGCUGUGCUCUCCUAUCGUUAACAUCGACCUUGACAGCUCAACAGCUCAUCAAAGACCUUUAUUUAACUGCGGUGGGUAUUUUAGUGCCGGGUUGCAAUAAUACUAGUAGCAAUCAUAGCAAUCAUUUAUCACAUUUAUAUCGCGCUUUUCUUCAUCUGGAAGUUCAGUGACAGAGUGAACUCGCCCAGCAGCCAGCUGCACUGGACCAGUCCAGCCCAGUCCAGCCCAGUCCAGCCCAGCCCAGCCCAUUAGAGUCUUACUCUGCACAGGCCGCUUGUGAAAACCCAAACCUUCGUCUCAUCACUGCCCGUCCCGAGUAAAAGCUAUGUUCACAGCCAUUGUUUUAAAGGUUUUAUUUGUGAUUUGUCUUCAUACCCCCCCCCCCAAUGAUGUUAAUGGGGGUGCACGGUAAACGUAAAUUCUAAUAGUUGCCACAAGAGCUGCUUAUAUUAAUGCUGUGUGGUAAAACCCUAACGUCAAGAUUUUUUUUCUCAAAUCGUGGCGCUGCUUCUGAUUAUGAACGCGUUUUUGUUUUGCGAUGCUGCCGGCGAGUGCUUGUUACUGAUGGAACCCCCCCCCCCCCCCUACUCACCGCCCCCCACCCCCCACCCACCCCCCGCUUGAGAAACAGCGGUGGGAGAUUCCAGAGGUGGGCUCGGGAUGAUCAUGUUAAAUGUGUCAGGGUCGUUUUUCUCUGCCUUUGAAGAAGGGAGGGACGCUGCCCCACCCACUCCCCACUGUGAGCUGUUCUGAGGCAGUAUGGAUACCACUGGAUACCCAUUCACUGUCUUCCACAGGCCUGGAGAUAUGAUUACAUUACAUUACAGGCAUUUAGCCAGACGCUCUUAUCCAGAGCGACUUACACAACUUCUUACACAGCAUUUACUUUGCAUCCAUUUAUACAGCUGGAUAUGCACUGAAGCAAUUCAGGUUGAGUACCUUGCUCGAGGGUACAACGGCAGUGUCCCACCCGGGAAUCGAACCUGCGACCCUUUAGGUUACAAGCCCAGUUCCAGAAGGCCGUAAAAUGGCAGUUUGACCAAUCAGAUCAUCUUGUGUCCGUUCUGUUACUCCUGCACCCUCCUGGUCUAGAUCACUGCUCACGACACAGUCUCGACAAAUCAGUGAUCGUGCGAAUGUUGGUUCAUUUUUAAAUGGAAUCCGCUUUGAAUUUAACUUGAAAAUUAAGAAAAUUGUAAUUGUAAUCUUGAUCGGAAUAGAUUAUAUUGAUAAAAUAUAUCUGAAUAAUUGUUGUAAUUUAAAAUGUAAAAUGCUUUAUUUUUGAACUGUUUGACAACAAUGAAUAAAAUGUUUAAUUUUA